UGCAACUUGCUCGGUGGACUGAGGGAGUCCUGGGGGAGGUGAAGGAGCAGCUCCCGGCAGCUUCUAUCUGCAUUACGGACGAGCGUGGGGCGGAGGAGACCAAGCUCAAGCCAGCAGCGGACACCACCUCCCUGGCGGUAACGAUGAGCCUCGUCACAUCCGUUGGCCGUAGCAGCGGGGCGCUUUCCGAGGAAAUUCGGGACUCGAGUUUCCCGGGGAAGAGGCGCGGCCCGAGACCAGCGAGAGAGUGGGUAGGGCGCGCCGGGUGCGCUCCAGCGGACCCCGCGCUCCGCUGUGACCUUGGCCGCGGGGGAGGGGCCCGGCCCCUGCGGGGCAGCCGCCGCCCGCCAGAGGGGGCAGCGGCGACCAACUUGCUCAAGUUGGCGGCGCGGGCUGGGGCGGCUCCGGCUCCGGCGCCUCCUCCCGCUUCCCCGGUCCUCCUCCCGCGGCGCUCCUCCCAGCCGCCGCCGCCCGCCGGCGGCGCCGCCAACUUCUUGGCCAUGGUGGACAACCUGCAGGGGGACUCUGGCCGUGGCUACUACCUGGAGAUGCUGAUCGGAACCCCCCCGCAAAAGCUGAAGAUUCUCGUUGACACUGGAAGCAGCAACUUCGCCGUGGCAGGUGCCCCGCACUCUUACAUAGACUCGUACUUUGACGCGGAGAGGUCCAGUACUUACCGCUCCAAGGGCUUUGACGUCACUGUGAAGUACACACAAGGGAGCUGGACCGGCUUCGUCGGGGAGGACGUCGUCACCAUCCCGAAAGGCUUUAAUAGCUCGUUUCUCGUCAACAUCGCCACUAUCUUUGAGUCAGAGAAUUUCUUUCUGCCGGGGAUCAAAUGGAAUGGGAUCCUGGGACUUGCAUAUGCUGCUCUGGCCAAGCCGUCAAGUUCCCUGGAGACGUUCUUCGACUCCCUCGUGGCACAAGCGAAGAUCCCCAACGUCUUCUCCAUGCAGAUGUGUGGGGCGGGGCUGCCCGUGGCCGGAUCUGGUACCAACGGAGGUAGUCUUGUCCUGGGUGGAAUUGAGCCGAGUUUGUACAAAGGAGACAUCUGGUAUACCCCUAUUAAGGAGGAAUGGUAUUAUCAGAUAGAAAUUCUCAAGUUGGAAAUUGGAGGCCAGAGCCUUAAUCUGGAUUGCAGAGAGUAUAACGCAGACAAGGCCAUCGUGGACAGUGGCACCACACUUCUGCGCCUGCCCCAGAAGGUGUUCAAUGCGGUGGUGGAAGCCGUGGCCCGCACGUCUCUGAUUCCAGAAUUCUCUGAUGGUUUCUGGACUGGGUCCCAGCUGGCUUGCUGGACGAAUUCGGAGACACCUUGGUCUUACUUCCCUAAAAUCUCCAUCUACCUGAGAGACGAGAACUCCAGCCGGUCGUUCCGAGUGACCAUCCUGCCGCAGCUGUACAUCCAGCCCAUGAUGGGGGCUGGCCUGAAUUAUGAAUGUUACCGAUUCGGCAUCUCACCUUCCACGAACGCGCUGGUGAUUGGUGCUACCGUGAUGGAGGGUUUCUACGUGAUCUUCGACAGAGCUCGGAAGAGGGUGGGCUUUGCCGCCAGCCCCUGUGCAGAAAUGGCAGGUGCUCCAGUGUCUGAGAUCUCUGGGCCUUUCUCAACAGACGACAUAGCCAGCAACUGCGUCCCCGCCCUGCCCUUGAACGAGCCCAUUUUGUGGAUCGUCUCGUACGCGCUCAUGAGCGUGUGUGCAGCCAUCCUUCUCAUCCUGAUCGUCCUGCUGCUGCUUCCCUGUCCGUGUCGGCAGCUGCCCCGCGAUCCCGAGGUCGUCAAUGAUGAGUCCUCUCUCGUCCGGCAUCGCUGGAAAUGAAGAGCGGAGCCCCAACUCGAGCGACCUUGAACUCUCUGUUCAGAGAAUUACGUUUCAGGUGGAGCAGGCGGGGUCUGCUUCCUCUGUCCACUAGUCUUAAAUCUGUUCUGCUCCCAGAUGCCUUCCAGAUUUCACUGUAUUUUGAUUCUUGAUUUUAGAGCUUCCUUCUCCUCCCUCACUUCCAAGAAAAAUUAUAAUAAAAAACACCUCAUUCUAAACCAAAA